AUGCAAAGACCCAGCGCCUGGCAAAAUGUUAAUAAACAACCGAAAGAGAUUGUGGACGCUCUCCUGGAGUGUCUGCCCAAGUUCCUCGCUGCCAUAUAUUUUUUGGAGUACUGCGUGAAUCUGGCUUUCAAAACGCUGGGCGGCGGGUGGUGGGAACAGAACUGGCCUGCGUGGAAUGAUAGUUCUGGCGGCGAUCUCGCUAAAUAUCUCUACGCGACAACUACUGACCGAAAGUACAGCCAAAUCCCCGGGUUGAUACCCGGAGGCUUCGGUAAAGACGAUCAGGUGAUAUACUAUACACUUGGGAGUGGAUACUACCAGGGUGCCCAAAUGUCUGGGGACCUACAAAAGAUUGUGGACAAACAGUUCUACAAUUUUUUCCGCAGCGUGUUUGUGAGCUCCGUUAUUGGAGAAUCGGCCAAGCGUCCAGAGAACGCCGCGAAUUCUCUUGUGUUGGCGAGAACCUUUGAUAUUGUUCUUGGGGAGACUGAUAAAGAGACAGGUGGAAAAUUAAUAGAAGCAUUGAAUGCAGGUUUACGCCAACAAGUAGGAUCAAGAGAUAAAUCCAUAUGCUGGAAAGAGUUACAUUCCCAUUGCACUAAGCUUCGAAAAAAAUUUUACAGAUUGUUCGGUGAAAAACACUUCGACUUCACCGGACUGUCGACGGACACCGGAAACCUUAAUAAGACAGAGUUGGCGAAGGAAACGGCGAAUUGGAUUAGACAGAAUGUGGUCAAUGUGCGGGGUCAUUUGAAUGAUAUUGAUACCAGUGAUCGUGUCAAACAUCUUGGAGAGUAUUUCACGAAAAUCUCUUCCCGUACGGUUUUACCAUUUUAA